AGCGGGGCUCAGGCGCGGCCGGGCAGCCCGCUCGGCGCAGGACCCAGGUCCUCUCCCCGGCGGCGGCGGCGGCGCUGGGCGCUCGGCUCCGGGCUCGGCGGGGCGCAAGAUGUCGACCAAGAAUUUCCGCGUGAGCGACGGGGACUGGAUCUGCCCCGACAAGAAGUGUGGGAAUGUUAACUUUGCCAGGAGAACCAGCUGUAACAGAUGUGGCAGAGAAAAAACAACAGAAGCCAAGAUGAUGAAAGCUGGAGGGACUGAAAUAGGAAAGACACUGGCUGAAAAGAGUCGUGGCCUCUUCAGUGCUAAUGACUGGCAGUGUAAAACAUGUGGCAAUGUGAACUGGGCCAGAAGAUCAGAGUGUAACAUGUGUAACACCCCAAAGUAUGCCAAGUUGGAGGAGAGGACAGGCUAUGGAGGAGGCUUCAAUGAGCGGGAGAACGUUGAGUACAUCGAGCGUGAAGAGUCGGAUGGGGAGUACGAUGAGUUUGGGCGCAAGAAGAAAAAGUACAGGGGGAAGCCAGUUGGUCCUGCAUCUAUUCUGAAGGAAGUAGAAGAUAAAGAAUCUGAAGGAGAAGAUGAGGAGGAUGAGGAUGAAGAUCUGUCCAAAUAUAAAUUGGAUGAGGAUGAGGAUGAAGAUGAUGCUGACCUUUCGAAAUACAAUCUUGAUGCCAGUGAAGAAGAGGACACUAAUAAGAAAAAGAAACCCAAUAGGCGCAGUCGCUCUAAGUCUCGAUCUUCUCACUCACGCUCUUCUUCGCGCUCAUCCUCUCACUCAAGCUCAAGGUCUAGGUCCAGGUCCCAUUCAAGAAGUUCUUCCAGUUCCAGAUCAAGAUCUCGUUCCAGUUCCAGAGAACAAUCUAGAUCUCGUGGGUCGAAAUCAAGAUCCAGCUCCAGGUCCUACAGGGGUUCUUCCACCCCAAGAAAAAGAUCUUACUCAAGCUCUCGUUCCUCCUCUUCCCCUGAGAGAAGCAAGAAGAGAAGUCGUUCUAGAUCCUCUUCAUCUGGUGAUCGCAAAAAAAGACGAUCGAGAUCACGGUCACCCGAAAGACGCCGCAGAUCAUCAUCUGGAUCUUCUCAUUCUGGUUCCCGCACGAAUUCUAAAAAGAAAUAACGUGCAAAAAGCUCACACAUUUCAAACAAACAAACCAACCAAACAAAAACAAAAAAUCAACAACAAAAUCCAGUCAGUGCAUGAGACAUUUUUACAAAGUUGGUGUCUUAACUUGGUCAGAAGUGCUGAAUCUGCUAGUAGAGGUGCAUGUCUGUCCUUGCUUGCUGGAAACCUGCAGCUUUGUUCAUUCAUCAGACAAACAAAAAAAAUACCUGAGGUAGCAUUUUAAGCCAUAAACUGCCCACAGGAGGUGUGAAGUUUUUAAUUGGUUGGCUAAGGAGAGGUUGAUUAAUUUUUAAAGACUCAGUUUACUGGAUCCCUGGCUCUGGUAUACACACCUGAGCAGGUGCAGGUUGGAUAUGGCCUACCACAACUCUGCUCUUCAGGGCACACAAACAGUGCCUGAGGAUGUUCUUCUGGUCACAGGCAAUGCCUGAGGGCGCUCUUCAGGUCAUGUACUGCCUGAGGGUGCUCUUCAGGGCACACAGACAGUGCCUGAGGCUCUUCCAGGUCACAGGCAAUGCCUGAGGGCACUCUUCAGGUCAUGUACUGCCUGAGGGUGCUCUUCAGGGCACACAACACAGUGCCUGAGGCUUUCCAGGUAACAGGCAAUGCCUGUGGGCACUCUUCAGGUCAUGUACUGCCUGAGGGUGCUCUUCAGGGCACACAACACAGUGCCUGAGGCGCUCCAGGUCACAGGCAAUGCCUGAGGGCACUCUUCAGGUCAUGUGCUGCCUGAGGGUGCUCUUCAGGGCACACAAACAGUGCCUGAGAAUGCUCUUCAGGUCAGUAUCUGAGGAGCAGAGGAAGAACCCCUGAGCUUUCUGCAUCCAACCCUUGAGCUUGUCUGAUGGAGCUCGUAUGGGACCACAAGAGAUUUAAGGUAGCUGUAGGGCUGGUGUCACCUUUUGGAUGACAGUAGUGAGCAAUUAGCUCUAAUUCUUUGUUGUGUUUCUGUGUUGAAGUGAAAGUAGAGCUGGGUGCCCUCUUCUUUAGCUGUGCUCAGUGCAUAGUAACUGUGAAACACCCAAUCCAUCCUAGGCUUCUGUAGAGUUAGACCUCAUUCCUUCAAAGUGAGGGUGGUUGAGACAUCAAGUGUUGUCCUCUCCCGCUGCUUGAGUGCCCCUCCUUAGAAACCACUUGCUGCCAGCAGUAGUUCUGGCACGUGUGGACCCUGGACCUUGCCAUCCUGAAUGACUCCAGGAUCCUUUAGGAGCUACUCUUUGAGUGUAGAAUUAGCUUCUUGGGAUCAAGUUGAAGCUUCUGCAGGCCGCCUGUAAAAUUCAUCUGGGGGAUGACUUAACAAUUUUCAAGGUAUUGGAAUUUUAUUUCUAUUUAAGAAUAAACGGAGUAGAAAGUUUUGGCAUCUUCCAUGUGUUCUCAUCACUCUGUGGGGUGUGGUUUUGUUUUGUUUUCCUUGUCCUUUCGAGAUCAUUUAUGGCUUAAAAUGCUUUAUUGACUCGGAUUUUACUAGCAAAUGCCCCAGUCAAACUUUUUGGUCUCUCUUGAGCUCUGUUUGGUUAAGACAGGUUUUGAGUUCAUCAGUGCCAUCAUAAGGUAAGUAUGGUAAGGCAAAAACGUCUGUAUCUGAGGAAAAUGAUUCCCUUUUUUUUUUAAGCAAAGAGCAUUUUUAUUUGCACAGUUCAAAACUUCAGCCAGAUUCUGUUUUUUUUUUUUUUCCUCCCCAAACCAACUGCACCCUAAAACCCAAGAGCAAAACCUUGAAAGAUAAAGUUCUGCUUAACUUCAGUUUGCUCAGAGAAGCAAAAUGUUUUUUUGGGGGUGUUUUUUUGGUGUAAAAAUCUUUCAUUAACCUCUCUCUUUUUUUGCAGAUAAAUGCUCUGUAGCCUUCUCUUUAAUGCUUUAAUUCCUAAUUCCAAUGCUAAACGUUGUGUAGGGUCACACAAGAGCAGGUUUUAGUCUUGUAACUGUGCCUCUGACAAUUUCCAAGUCCUCAAAACUGUACAGAUCAGAUCAAAGAGAUGCUUUGUUGUUAGCUGCUUUUCUUUUUUUUGAGGGGGGAGGGGACUUGGUUGUUUUUCUGGGGGGAGGUUUUGGGUGGUUCUUUGGGUUUGGUUUUUUGGUUGGGUUUUUUUCCCCCUUCUCUUCUUGUGCUUUGUAUUCAGAUUGUUGCUGUACUUGAAGAGAUGAGAGGUUUUAACUUUAGCAGACAGACAAAAGGAAAAAAAUCUGGUUUCAUUUGGCUUUAGAUUUAAAAUUGUAAGGCAAAGAUUAUUCUGUAGACAAAAAUGUAAAUAAAAGCUGUGAGUUAA